AUGGGGAAACACUCCCGAAAACCCAGAGGACCGCCCGCGGGACAAACCCACGAUAUCGGGCAACUCCUGUCCCGGGCAUACAGGCCCAAAAUGGUGGACGCCUUCCAAGACAUGGGGAUGGAGUCGCUCUCGGCCUCAGAAGAUGAAUACCUGAGUGAUAUGCCGACCCAGCUGCCCCAACGGAGGCAACAGACUGCACCACCAAGGCAAACGGAACAACCAUUAGCCACUAAGGUCGAUCUAUCGAGCAUGGUAACAGACUUUUUAGCCUUUUUCACAACGGAACUGGCAGGCCUCAAGACAGAGCUGAGCACACUUACAGGCCGCAUACGAGCCACGGAAGAAGUGGUCCAAGACCUGAAGGCCCAGCAAGACGUCAUGGCUAAUCAAACGCAGGAGCUAGCAGCCACAUGCACACAGCUGAACGCUCAA